AUGAAUAUACCACAGGCGCACGGGACCAGCAAGCCCACACAAGUAAGGGGGCACAUCAAGCUAAAAGCUUCAGUCAUUAAUCUAUUCUAUUCAGAUCGGCGAGGUUACCCGGACGAUCCACCGAGUAAGGAGGAAGCCGUCCAAGAGUUGGCUGAUAAUAUUCAAGCAAGACUUGAUACGUUCUACAGGAAGAACCCACACAUGAAAAGGACGACGGUGAAUAUGGGGAAGAUAAGACUCAACUCGCCUAAGUAUUCUCGGUUCCUAGACAAUUGCCUACGGAUUACGAAGUGUGGGGAAGCUAAGAUGACCACUGAUGACAAUUCAUCGAAAGACGAUAUAUACGAACAUCAGUUCCCAGACCAUAAGCAAGCUAGCUUAAGGUUGGAGCGUAAGAAAAAACGAUGCUAUUGCUAAGC